AUGUCGUGGAACCUCAAAGGACGGGCGGCGGUUGCAGCCCUCGACCCGCCCACCCGCUAUCGCGUCCUGCACUCGCACACCAUGACGCGGUGCGCCAACAAGCCGCUACUCUGGGUCCUGGAGGAACUGAUCACCCUCCGCUACCUCGGCGGCCUAGCCGGUCCUCUUCACACGGCGAACUACUUCAUCUCCCUUGUCGUCCGCCUCCUGCAAAUUUGCCCUUCGGUCGCCAUCGUGCGCGUCAUGCUGGAGCAGGAUGUGCACAAGUAUCUGCGAGCCGCGGCGCUUCUGAUCAUCCGUCUUAUCGGGAACGUGGAGCUGCAGCGGGAGGCAAUGCGUGUGGGGUGGUCAGACUACCGAAAGCUGUGCCUCUACGGAUCUGACCCCGCACAGGAGUUGGCAGAGUCGACGUCAGCCACCGCUGCCGGAGCGGAGGGAAUGACGGCGGGCACGUCGAGGACGCUCGCCUCCUCUAUGCUGCCGCUGGACCACUACAAGAGGUCACGCGCGGAGAUGGAGAUGCACAGCGGUAAUAGCAAUCUUGCUAGUGACGCACAAAGCGGUGAGUCUGACAGAGCCGACGCACAGGCGCCAGAGCCACCACAGUACUGGCUGAUCCGCAUGGAUGAGUUCACCGACUAUCUCUUUGGUGUAGCCUCUGCCUCCACAGCGUCACAGGGCAAGGAGCUGCAUGAGCUCUUGAAGGCACCUACCUCAUCACCGCCCAGCCCAUCUUCGGCAGGCGCAUCCUCUCGCACACUGCCGGGGCACACGUUUAUGGGACUUCAUUUUCCUCCUGUAAUUGUGUAA